UCCAUGCCUGCCCAGAGAAGUUGCUGCUGCUCCUCAUCUCUGUGUGAAUGAAGAUUGAGCUUCAACCAAACUGAAGCACCAUGCUCUCUGCCCAUCAUCCGUGAUCAUUCCACUACUUUUCAGUCCUUUUCUCAUUCGGGGUUAAAUUGUUGACUUGCAAGAAUUGAACGGAGAGAAGAAGGGAAGGAUUUGAAGAAAGAAAUCUGAGACUAACGAGGAUCUGAACGUCAUGGGCCUUUCCCUGUGGAAGGAGAAAUGUUUCUCUGUUCUGUCUGCUUCCAAGGUUUUAAAAGUCAAUUUGACUGGUGAAGCAUUGUGAUGCACACGCAUACCUGAUUGAGAAUAUUUCAGUAUACUGACAGUGAAAAAACAUUAACCAGCAAAACAGUCUGCAAAAAAGAUUGCAUAAUUCACAGCAGAGAGAGAUUAUUCAUAUGUUUUGGGUGUGGACAAGGAUUCAACUCAUUAUUAAAACUGGAGAGGGAAUGAGAAAAGUCUCUCCAUGAAUAAAUCCUGGAAAUGUGGGCACUGUAGAAAGGGAUUCCAUGACCCAACUGCAUUUGAGAUUCAUGAGCACAGCCAUACUGGGGAGAGGCCGUUCAUCUGUUUUCUGUGUGAGAAAGGAUUCGGCGCUAUCUCUAAUCUGCUGACAGUGCAGCAAGUUCAUGCUGUUGGCAGGCCAUUCAUGUCUGACUGUAGGAAGGGACUUGCUGAUAUAUCUACCCAACUGACACACAAGCGUGUUCACACGCUGAAGACGGUAUUCCCCUGCUUGGAUUGUGGGAAGGGAUUCACCAAUUCAGCAAACCUCUUGAGACACAAGCAAGUUCACACUGGGGAGAGGCCGUACACUUGCUGUGAGUGUGGGAAAGGAUUUGCUCAGUCGUCUGGCUUGGUUAUUCACCAACGGAUUCACACUGGGGAGAGGCCGUUCGCCUGCUCCCAGUGCGGGAAGGGAUUCACUGAUUCGCACACCCUGUUGCAACAUGAACGAAUUCACACCGGGGAGAGGCCAUUCACCUGCUCUCAGUGCGGGAGGGGAUUCACCCAGUUAUCCAACCUGCAAGCUCACCAGCGAGUUCACACCGGGGAGAGACCAUUCAUCUGUUCUCAGUGCGGGAAGGGAUUUACACAGUCAUCCCACCUGCAAGUACACCAGCGAGUUCACACUGGGGAGAGACCAUUCAUCUGUUCACAGUGUGGGAAGGGAUUCACAUGUUCAUCCCAUCUGCAAGCACACCAACGGGUCCACACCAGGGAGAGGCCAUUCACUUGCUCUCUGUGUGGGAAGGAAUUCUCUCACUUAUCCAACCUGCGAACACACCAGCGGGUUCACACUGGGGGGAGGCCAUACGCCUGCUCUCAGUGUGGGAAGGAAUUUACUCGAUUAUCCAACCUGCAGAGACACCAGCGAGUUCACACUGGGGAGAGGCCAUUCACCUGCGCUCAGUGCGGGAAGGGCUUCUCUCACUUAUCCAACCUACAAGCACACCAGCGAGUUCACACCGGGGAGAGGCCAUUCAGCUGCUCGCAGUGCGGGAAGGGAUUCACUCAACUAUCCAACCUGCAGAGACACCAGCGAGUUCACACCGGGGAGAGGCCCUUCACCUGCUUUCAAUGUGCAAAGGGGUUCACUCGAUUGUCUAGCCUACAGAAACACCAGCGAGUUCACAAAUGACUGCAGGAGUGUGUUCUGCUGUUAGUGCUGCUGCUUAUCGUGUUCAGGAGUAAACCAUGUUCAUUCUGUCAGUGGGUGAAAUGGGAGGCUCAGCAGGUUUCUUUCUGCUUGACUGGCCAUCUCACCGCUUUGCUACCAGUGAGGCGGAUGCUUCAAAUUCUAUAUAAAUUCUGAAAUGAAAGCAAUGUUUCAAAGCCAGUUCUUCAGUUUGCAUUUCAUUUUCUCCAAUAGCAUGCCACAUUGGCAUGGAGCUGGUCACGUUCAGUCGUUGUUUUGUUUUGUGGGUGCUUCUCAAAGAAGGUACUUGGGAAUUUGUAAAGUUGCCAGCUCAUUUGGAAUCACUGAGGGGAAAUGAAGCCAGAAGGCUUGCUGAGCUUGGAGCUGGAGGAAGAAAUCUUCAGUGAGACUGAGCGCAAAGCAGUGAGUCUUACGGUGGCAGGAAGCUGUCAUGUAUCAGACAUGUGGAUGAGGAGCAGGAAGGCCAUUCAGCCCUUUGAAACUGCCUCACCAUGUGAUAAGAUGGAGUUGUCAUCUCCACUCCAUGUUCCUGCCUGAACCCUCGAAGCUGUGUCCCCAAGCUGGUCCAAAAGAUGGUGCAGAAGAUGGAACUGAGUCAGUAAAACUCAUAUGUUCUCACUGUCACUGGGUGGGACAGUCAGAGCAACACGCUGAUUAUCAAGGUGUAAAUCAGUGUAGGUAAAAGUGGCUGGUCACACCAAGGAGGGAAGCUUCUGAGGAACCCAUCAUUUCUAAUGCGUUUACCACGAGUGAAAAUAUAUGUCAGGGAUUCUGAAGCAUUUAUAUUUUUGGGAAAGUCACUCCAAGAAUACCAAAU